AUGUUCAACGCGGAAUACGAUGCUCUUCCGGGCAUCGGAUAUGCCUGCGGACAUAACCUGUUCACCACGAGUUCCAUCGCAGCAUUCAUUGCAACAGCUGAGGCACUCCGGAAUAGUGGGCGGGAAGGGCGAGUUCGCCUGCUGGGAACACCAGCCGAAGAUGGUGGUGGCGGGAAAAAUGCGCUCGACGCCGUCGUCGCAUCGUACGUCAACAUCUCGUUGCUACGGCAGCAACUCGCUCCCACCCUCCCUGUCCAUGGAGUCAUUCGACAAGGAGGAGCAGAGCCCAAUAUUAUUCCCGACUCGGCCAGCCUCGAGUAUUUUCUGCGGGGAUCAACUUUCGCCGAGGUCGAGCAACCUUCGGAGAAAGUGAAAGCCUGCUUCGAGGCUGGGGCACUGGCAACUGGAUGUCAGGUUGAUUGUGCUUGGCCACUGUAA